AUGUAUCGGACACACUCCAUCAUUUUCCUUUCUGCUCUCGUUUCAGUAUGUUACUCCCAUCCAUCUGAGCCGACUUCAAGGAUUUCGCUUUCGUCAGUACCGAGCGUUACGACUGCAGAUUACAUCAUAUUCGCCAAGGAAGAUACUAAUAAGGCGGACGGCGAUGGCUUUGGAAACACCCUGGCAGGCCUGGUUGGUAUAGACGAGGUGGAAACCAUUGUCGGUGAUGCCGGUAUUCCCGUUGUUUGGCGCGCACGCCUCAACGCAAAUCAACUUGCCAAGGUGAAAGCCGACCCUGUUGUUGCUGAAGCCAAUAUCAACGAUCCUUUCACGCUCGACGACCCGGAAUCGGUCGGUACUCAACCGCCAGUCACUCAGCGGAAGCGCGCCGAGGUCACGCAGGCCCCUAUUACCAAAAACGACCUUUUCGACCUGCGCACGCUUUCGACGCCGCCGAGGGUGAAGGGGUCCCUCCCCAACUAUCGGUACGAUGAGUUCGCUGGUGAGGGCAUCACUGUGUAUGUUGUCGACACCGGGCCCUUCGACUUGGGGCAUGACGAAUUUUCUUCGCCCGGCGUCGGCAUUACCCGUCGUCAGUUGAACGUUGCCAGGGAGAAGAAGUUCGAUCUUGAGCACAUCCAGCACGGGACUUGUGCGGCUUCCAAGACCGUUGGUAUAAUGACCGGGGUAGCAAAGCGCGCGAACCUGGUCGGAGUGCGUAUCGACUUAAACCAGUUCGGUCUUCUUCGCGGUCUGCAGGCUGUCGUUGACGACGUCAAGCAAAAGGGACAUAAGGGCAAGGCAGUUGUCACGACAUCAGUCUACUUGAAGGCAUCCAACACCAUGUACAUGGUCUCGAUGCGCAGCGUCAUUAAGUCUCUUGUAAAUUUGGACGUCCCUAUCGUCGCAACGGCUGGAAAUAGGUACCAGGAGGGCAUCACUGAGCCUAACACACUGCCGGCAAUCCUGGCAAAGGAGCUUCCCGUCAUCGUGGUAGGUGCAGCCGCGAAGGAUUUCAAAAUAGCUGCAUUCAGUCAGCGUGGUGACCUCGUGACGACGUAUGCCAUCGGUGUCAACGUUCAAUGCGCAGACCUGGCCGGUAUCGCGAAAAGAUCGGGAACUUCUUUUGCCGCGCCUCAGGUUGCAGGUAUGGUGGCGUACUGGAUGUCGCAUCCAGAGUUUGCCGGCGACUUGAGGGCAGGCUCGGUGGCCAAGACACUCCGCGACAUGGUGGGGGCCCUUUCGUACCCGCGCGUCGCUGAGGCAGGGUAUCCUCCCAUCGCCUGGAACGGGCACGACCUGUCUCGUCAAACCGAGCAGCGGAACUGA